AUGUGUGAAGGCACCAAUCCUGUUCCUAACCUGGAACAGCGGGGAACACUAUUACUUGUUAAUUCAACGGAUAACUAUGUACGUGGUGGAUAUAUCUAUCCGUUAUAUGACAAAUCAAAGUGGAACAAUAAAAGAAAGACCAUUGGAUUAAUCAUCAGUCUUGAUGAAAAUGGAAGUGCAAAAGGAGAAAUCCAAAUUAAAAAGAUCUUAAGAAAUCAAAAAGAAGAUGAUUACGUAAAACUUCGACUCUUUGUAUCUAAGGGAAAUUGUUUGAUAGUAAGAUCAAUGUCUACAAAUAAAGAUAACAACAACUUAGAAAUAGAUUUUAUACAAUUCUAUGGAUUAUACGGUUUUCCUGAUGGAUUUUCUAUAGAUAAAAGAAAAAAAUACAAAGUAGAAGACGAUUUAUCCAAAAAUAGAAGAAUCUUUAAUCAAAAUAGGAUAUAUACUUUUUCACAUUUACAAUUAGAUACUAAAACAGAUCAUAUAAUAAGAUGGACAUAUUUUUAACACUAUCAGUAUCGAAUGGAGGAAUCUCAAUUUCUACAUAACUACACAACUAACACAGAUUAUCGAUCGAGUGAUUAAUCGAUUGAUCGAAAGAGGGAGAGAGAGAUAUAUAUGCAAUUUUCUGACCUACAGGAAUGUUAUAUAUUAUCUUUUACUAAGUGUAAUUUGAAUGUUAAAUCAGUUAUUUACUAACAUCAAUCUGUAACAGUUACUAAUACUAUUAAUAUUUAAAACUACUAAAAUAGAUUAAUAACUAUCCAUUCAAACCUAUAUCUUUUAAUAUGAAUAAGUGACACAUGUCUAUUUACAUGGGUACAUAACAGCAGCUAUAGCUAAAGCCCGACAAGAUUCGACAAGAUGAUUAUUAAUUUAUAUGGCACCAGCCAUUUAUCUCGUGUGGGUAUACAGCCUUUUUUAUUCUCGAGAAAAUAUUUGUUUUCCAACUUAAA